UCCUUUUACUCGUGUUCUGUUGACAGCGAGAGGUUAUAAUUGCUAUUUCAUAGCAUAAAAGCUAUAACAAUGGCUGAAGAAAAUUGGAAUGACGAAGCCGUGGAGGCUGGCAGCAUGGCUGUCGACAACAUGCCCCUGCCCCAGGCCGCUGACAUCCCCGAAAUCAAGCUGUUCGGCAGAUGGAGUUGUUAUGAUGUCCAGGUUUCGGACAUGUCCCUGCAGGACUACAUCUCCGUGAAGGAGAAGUACGCUAAAUACCUCCCCCACUCCGCCGGCAGGUACGCACACAAGCGCUUCCGUAAAGCGCAGUGCCCCAUCGUCGAGCGUCUCACCAACUCCCUGAUGAUGCACGGACGCAACAACGGAAAGAAGUUGAUGGCUGUUCGUAUUGUGAAGCACGCUUUUGAGAUCAUCCAUCUCCUAACUGGAGAGAACCCUCUCCAAGUGUUGGUCACAGCCAUCAUCAACUCUGGUCCCCGUGAAGACUCGACCAGAAUCGGUCGCGCCGGUACCGUGCGUCGUCAGGCCGUGGACGUGUCUCCGCUGCGCCGAGUGAACCAGGCUAUCUGGCUGCUGUGCACCGGAGCCCGUGAGGCUGCCUUCAGGAACAUUAAGACCAUUGCCGAGUGUGUUGCUGACGAACUUAUCAACGCCGCCAAGGGCUCGUCAAACUCAUACGCCAUCAAGAAGAAGGAUGAACUCGAGCGUGUUGCCAAGUCUAACCGUUAAUUUAUAUUAAUUUGGGCAGGGCUCAAUAAACUAAGAAAAGCA